AUGAACUCCUACUUCGAGCAGGGCGGCUUCUACGGGGCGCACGGAGUGCACCAGGGCGGCGGUGGUGGCGACCAGUAUAGGGGGUUCCCGCUCGGGCUGACGUACGCGCAGCCGCACGCGCUGCACCAGCCCAGGCCCCAGGACUCACCCUAUGAUGCCUCAGUGGCGGCCGCGUGUAAACUUUACGCUGGGGAGCAGCAGUACGCCAAGGCGGACUGCUCGAAAGCGGGCGCCGAACAGCAGAACGGCUAUGGAAAGGAGGCGUGGGGCUCGGGCCUCGGUGCCCUGGUGAGGCCGGCCGCCUGCACCCCGGAGGCCCGGUACAGCGAGUCCUCGAGUCCCGGAAGGGCCCUCCCGUGGGGGAAUCAGUGCGCGUUGCCCGGAGCCGCCGCCAGCGCCCAGCCCGUCCAGCACCAGCCCACCAACCACACCUUCUACCCUGGAUGGCCAUCGCAGCGGAUUGGAGGGAGCAGCGGCGUCGUCAUUAACGCGGUGCGUGUGGUCGCGCGUCUCAUAACUCAUGUGACUCGA